GCUCUUUAGCAAGAGGCUCCUGACAGCAGCUGCUUAGAAGUGACACUGCAAUGUGAAGAGCUUGCUAGGCAGGAUGCAGUCAGAUGGACGCGUGCAAUCCACGGAGAAACUACCAAACUUGCUUUAAACAAAACCAAACUGUUCCAAACUUCAGAGCUUCAGAGUCCUCAUCGUGUCAGCUGGGAUGUACUAAAUAAAUAAUGCAUUAGAAUGUUCUCCUUGAGAAAGGAUCCCUGAGCAUCUGAAGGAAGAUUAUAACCACCUGCUCUCCCUCCAUCUCUUUCUGCGAAUGUCUGCAUCGUACAUCAGGCCCAGACAUAAUGGGGACUACACAGGUUUUGCCUGGGAUUCUGCAGAAACAUUGCUGUAUUUUGCCAGACCGAAACACAGAGUCUCAGUGUACAUUGUGUGGUGAUCCAGAAGAUCAACAGCAAUACUCAUGGUCACCUUCCCAGCAUUUCAAUGAAGAAAAAUACUCUCCUGCCCUUAGGAGCAUGAAAGGAUUAUCUGGCAGUCGGAAUCAAUCUCAGUUGUGCUCUAGUCAUACGUGUGUCUUAGGAUCCCCAGAGGAUUGUGAGCAUGUUCACGACCAUGUACAUCAUGGGCAGGAACCUAGGCAAUCAUAUCUUCUUAGCCCAACUGAAAGUUGUCCUAUGGAUCACCACCGCUGUUCACCACGGAGUUCCAUUCAUUCAGAAUGCAUGAUGAUGCCUGUGAUGAUGAGUGAUCAUUUGUCAAGUAGCACCUUUCCCAGAAUGCACUAUAGUACACAUUAUGAUGCCACACGAGAUGACUGUGCCACGCCACACACUAGUAGUAGUAAAAUUAAUAGAAUACCAGCAAACCUGUUGGAUCAGUUUGAGAAGCAGUUGCCGCUGCACAGGGAUGGAUUUCAUACUUUACAGUAUCAGAAGACAUCCACGACAACUGAACAGCGAACUGAAAGUCCAGGUAGAAUACGCCAUCUUGUUCACUCUGUUCAAAAACUUUUUACCAAGUCUCACUCUUUGGAAGGCUCAUCAAAAGGCAAUGUAAAUGGUACCAAGGGAGACAGUAGAGGUGAUGAUCACCAUCAUGGUCAUUAUUCUAAACAUAGCAAAAGAAGUAAAAGUAAAGACCGUAAACCUGAUACCAAGCAUAAAUCAGGAAUGACAGGUUGGUGGAGUUCUGAUGAUAAUCUGGACAGUGAUAGCACUUAUCGAACAGCUAGUGUUAUGAAUAGACAUCAUACUGAUCACAUAUCACAUUGCUAUCCAGAAACUCUUCAGGGGCAUUUUGGAGACCUUUCCUUAAAGACUUCUAAAAGUAACAAUGAUAUGAAAUGUUCUGCAUGUGAAGGUUUAUCAAUGACACCUGAAGGUAAAUACAUGAAGAGGAGUUCAUGGUCUACGCUUACUGUAAGCCAAGCUAAAGAAGCCUAUCGCAAAUCAUCGCUUAAUCUGGAUAAACCUCUAGUCCAUCAGGAAAUCAAAUCGUCUUUGAGACCAUGCCAUUACCUUCAGGUGCCUCAGGAUGAAUGGGGAGGGUAUCCUUCGGGCAAUAAAGAUGAGGAGAUUCCAUGCCGGAGAAUGAGGAGUGGAAGUUAUAUAAAAGCCAUGGAGGAAGACAGUGGAGACUCUGACACAAGCCCUAAAACAUCUCCUAAACGGCCAGAACCUUUGUUAAAAUCAAUAGUACAGAGAUCUCAUGGAGAGGGACAAAACCAGAGCUACCUACAAGCUGCUAGUGAAAUGGCUGCUGGACACAUCUUGGACCCAUCAGGGAAAUACAAUUCUCCAAAGUUCCGCUCUCGGAAUCAGAGCUACAUGAGAGCAGUCAGCACAUUGAGCCAAGCCAGCUGCGUCAGUCAGAUGAACGAAACAGAAGUAAAUGGGCAGUAUGAAUCAGUGUGUGAGUCAGUGUUUAGCGAAGUGGAUUCCCAUGCCAUGGAUGCUUUAGACCUCCAGGGAUGCUUUCGAACAAGGAGCCACAGUUACUUGAGAGCUAUACAAGCUGGUUAUUCCCAGGAUGAUGAUUGUGUUCCAACUAUUACAUCUUCCAAUGUCACCUCAAGUACGCGGUCAACAGCUGCGGUUUCAUAUACAAAUUACAAAAAAACUCCACCACCGGUUCCCCCGCGCACCACCUCCAAGCCACUAAUCUCAGUAACAGCACAAAGCAGCACAGAAUCUACACAGGAUGCCUACCAUGACAGCCGGACUCAAAGGAUAUCACCAUGGCCUCAUGAUGGUCGAGGCCUCUACAACUCCACUGACAGUCUAGACAGUAACAAGGCCAUGAAUCUUGCCCUGGAAUCUGCUGCAGCACAGCGCCAUGGUUCUGAAAGGAAGAGUAGCUCCGUCAGAAGCACUAGCGACAAGGCUGUUCUAGUAACAAAAGCAGAUGAAUUUCUCAAGAAACGACGCUCCUCUAUUGGGAUUCAGGUAGAAGCAGCUGAUUCAGACUCUGAGAGUAAAGGACUUAGAGAAUACCACUCUGUGGGUAUUCAGGUGGAAGAUGAAAAACGACAAGGACGUUUCAAGCGUUCAAACAGUGUGACUGCAGCUGUACAGGCUGACCUUGAGUUAGAGGGAUUCCCAGGACACAUCACAAUGGAGGACAAAGGCCUACAGUUUGGAUCCUCUUUUCAGAGACAUUCGGAGCCUAGCACUCCAACUCAGUAUGGUGCAGUAAGAACAGUACGAACUCAGGGUUUGUUUAGUUACAGAGAAGAUUAUCGGACACCAGUUGACACAUCAAAUCUGCCACCACCGGAUCCCUGGCUAGAACCUACCCUUGAUGCAGUGGAUUCUGGUAGGAUAUCACCCAGUCGACAAGACGGCACAUGGUUUAUGAAGUUGCUUCAUGCAGAAACUAAAAGAAUAGAGGAAUGGUGCAAGGAUAUGGAAAGGGAAGCUGAGGAAAAUGACCUUUCAGAAGAAAAUCUAGGAAAGAUCAGGAGUGCUGUCGGCAGUGCUCAGCUUCUCAUGUCUCAGAAGUUCCAGCAGUUUUACUGGCUCUGUCAGCAGAACCUGGAUCCGAGUGCCAUGCCCAGGCCAACAUCGCAAGACCUGGCAGGAUUUUGGGACCUUUUGCAGUUGUCUAUAGAAGAUGUCAGCAUGAAGUUUGAAAAGCUCCAGCAGUUGAAAAUGAAUGAAUGGAAAACAAUUGAUUCACCAGAAAAGAAAGAUGACAAGAAGCCCCCACCUCCAAUACCAAAGAAACUUACUAGGGGAAAAUUCCCUAUCACUCGAGAGAAAUCUCUUGACCUGCCUGACCGACAGAGACAGGAAGCAAGGAGAAGACUAAUGGCUGCAAAGAGGGCAGCGUCGUUCCGGCAGAAUUCAGCUAGUGAGCGCGCAGACAGCAUCGAAAUUUAUAUACCUGAAGCCCAAACCAGGCUCUGAAUUCAGAGUACUGCAUACACAACAUGCUUGUACAGUUCGUAGCACACCUGGUCAUUUUAAUCUUAACCUCUCUACUGGACCUUCCUCAUUAUAGUGCUCUUUGUGCCAUAAACACCAUGGAAUGCGUUUUGAUUUCCUCAAGAGUUUGCUAAACACAUUGCAAAAAAUAAUAAUUUUGUAAUUCAUAUUUGACUUAAGUUACAUCCAUAGGGCUUGUUGAGACCUGACUUCUUCAACAUGUUCUCAGAGGACAACAUGAAAAACCUCUCAAGAUGAACCCAACAUAAAUUCUUGAUUAUUUCUAUUUUUAUAAAUAAUGUGAUAAUUAGGAUGAAGAAUCAAAAAUAAAAAAAUGUUGGGUACAUCUCAUCGCUCAUUAGAGGCAUUAGAUAUUCCAAGUAGAAGGUGCUACAAAUUUAAAGUACAGGAACGGAAGGAUGUGUUGUUCCAUGUUCUUUAGUUUAGUGCUGGCUUGUAGUAGGCAACUUCAGCUCUCUGGACCUAAUUCUUCAAUCAUUAAUGCCCAAAGUAUAUGGUUUCUCCAAAAUGAAACUGACAUAUUGUUCAGCCAGUGGCGUCUUCUACAAUAUCCUGCUUGCCCCCCCCCCAAGUCUUGACCCUAGCUGCUUGAUUCCAGUGUGAGACAACUUGACGAGGAGAUUGGUGAAGACAACAUGAAUGCCUUAAAAAUGGAAUCCUUUUGUUUCCAGAUAUGUGGACUGAAUAUUUAAUCAUACUUCCAUGGACCAUUAAUUUAUGUUUACAUUUUUUUCUCAUUAUUUAUUUUAUAAGAAAUGGAUUGAGUUUUGACGUAUGCUAUUUACAAAUACAAAAAUUAUAGCUAUAAUGUUGACAGGGCAUCCUUCAAAAGUGAAAAAAAUGAAUGUUUGCUGUUUUAAAUUUCAGUUGUGAUGUGGUAAUCAUUAAAAAAAAAAUCAUGAAUAUAAGUGGUAAAUAUAUCUUAGUUUUAAUGUUUUUUUAAGUAUAUUAAUGGUGAAAUGUGGUUUACAUCUGUAUUUAUUUUUGUAUUUUUUUUGUAAAAAAAACAGUAUUUUUGUUAAGGUUCAGAUAGUAUGAACUUACUAUUGUUACAAAAAAGGAAGGCAAGCUGAAGACAACACAUGCACUAGUUAAAUGUAUAAAAAGUAGUAUAUUAUUAAUAACUCUCCAACUACUAGUAUGCAAAAGAUGAAGAGGAACCAUGUAACCUCAGAGUUAAUAUCUGCAUUUUACGUUCUUUGAUUUUCAUACUACAUUUGCUUAACUAGUUAAUAGAAAGGGCUGACAAAUAUCAAAUUAUACCCUGGUUAAACAUCAGGGAAAUUGAAUGCUUUGAUCCACUU